GGCUAAAAGAAUCUGAUUUCACCUAAUACAUAUCUGGAGACGAACGAAACCCUAGAUUUUGUCAAGCUCGAAGAAGAAGAAGAAAGACGAAAUCAUGGCAGGAGUUGGACCGCUGACACAAGAUUGGGAGCCGGUGGUGAUCCGCAAGAAAGCCCCUAACUCCGCCGCCAAACGCGACGAGAAAACCGUCAACGCCGCUCGUCGAUCCGGCGCCGAUAUCGAAUCCGUCCGAAAAUACAAUGCUGGAACCAACAAGGCAGCCUCAAGCGGCACAUCUCUCAACACUAAGAGGCUUGAUGACGACACUGAGAACCUCGCUCAUGAGCGUGUGCCUACUGAGCUAAAGAAAGCCAUUAUGCAAGCUCGAACUGAAAAGAAGCUUACCCAGUCCCAACUUGCUCAAAUCAUCAAUGAGAAGCCACAAGUGAUCCAAGAGUACGAGUCUGGUAAAGCAAUCCCCAACCAGCAGAUCCUUUCUAAGCUUGAGAGAGCACUUGGAGCUAAACUCCGUGGUAAAAAGUGAUCAAGUCCUGAAGAUAGACAAACUUUAAUCGCAGUUUCACUUUCCUUAACAACGGUGUGGUAAACAACAAUCAGUGCUUUGUCGUAAUUUUUCUAAAGAAUAAUCUUUUCUCAUGUAAGAAAGAUAAAACCGUUUGAAUGUUUGGUUGAUGAAUCACUCUUUUCAUAAACAUAUAUCAAUAUAAAAAAGUAAGUUUGGGUUUCGUUCA